AAUCGAGAGGGUUCAAGAAAGCACAGUGCGAGGACUUGGAAACCGAUGAACGAAACGGACUUGAGGGCCUAUGUGGGUCUGUUGAUUCUGGCGGGCGUGUACAGGUCUCGGGGUGAAGCGGCCGUGAGCCUGUGGAAGGCAGAGUUCGGAAGGGCAAUUUUCAGAGCGACCAUGUCCCUGAAAGACUUCUACCGCUACUUGAAAACGCUGAGGUUUGACGAUCGGGAGUCAAGGCACGUCGGUGGGAGAUCCUCGGACAAAUUGGCCGCUAUCCGAGAGGUGUGGGACAUGUGGUGCGAGCGGCUGCCUGCCCUCUACAAUCCGGGGCACGAUGUUACGGUGGACGAACGAAUGGUUCCUUUCAAGGGCCGAUGUUCCUUCCAUCAGUACAUGCCCAAGAAACCGGCUAAGUACGGACUCAAACUGUGGGUAGCGUGCGACGCGAAAACUAGCUACGCGUGGAGGUUGCAGGCGUACACUGGCAGACCAGAUGCCUCGGCCACAGCAAGGGAGAGGAACCUCGCCUUGCGGGUCGUGCUAGAUCUGACCCAGGGACUGGAGCAUCGAAUGCUGCCCCAGGAGCUGGUGUUCGCGCGCGGGCGGCAGGUGUUCUCCUCCGGGUUCGCUUUCUCCGAACUGGCCACCCUCGUAUCCUACGUGCCCAAAAGGGGCAAAACCGUACUGCUCCUGAGUACAGGUCACCCGAGACCCAAGAUCGACAGCCAGCGCAAGGACAGGAAGCCACAUUUGUCGCCCUGUUCCACAACAUCAUAG